AUGGAGCAGCCUCUGCUGUCUUCGCGUAUGAUUUUUCUUCAUACUCGUCUCCCACUGCCGCCUGCGGGCUCCCAUUUUUGAUCGGAAUUCUCUUCGUUUCUCAGUGGAAGACGAGGAGAAAUGGCAGUCCUACCAGUACGUUGGGAGGACGGUCUCGGUGCACCUCCCGCCGGUGUCAGGGGCGGACAUCAGCGCCGAGGAGAUCAGGUCAGCGCCGUCGUUCUCCGAGUCAUACUACCCCCCUUCCAUUCACGCCGCCCUGGUCAGCUCGCCGCCCCAGUCGGAUCACGGCCACGGUAUGAUAAUUUUUCUUCUCUGUUUUUCAAAUCCCUAUUGCGUUCUAUAAUUCAGGUAAAUUGGAAUAUUUGUUCUGUGUUCUGGUAUUCAAUCCGUCGACUUGUUACGAACAUCGACUUGAAGUUAUAUGGUUUUCUUUGCGGAUAUCAGAUUGCCGGAACAGUAAGAGGCCUGGGUCAACAUCUUACAUUCGCGACGGUUCUUUGAAGAUCCUGUCGGCGGAUUGUUGUUCUAAUUACUUAUCUGGGUCGAGUUAAGUGAUCCAUAGCUUCCGACAUGGUUUAUAGGAAUCAUCUAUGCAUGUUUGGAAGCCGUGGCGGUCAAUGGUGGUUAAUUAAACGAGGCAUUGCUUCAUAGAAGUAACACGGCCAGCUAAUUUAUUCUGCUGAUCACCUCUUGUUUCCUUUUUCCAUUUAAAUAUCCUGUAUUUUCCGAUAAAUGGGCAUUCCUCUCACCUGUUUGUCUCCUAUACUGAUCGAAAGUUCCGUUCCCCAUUUCUGUUUUUUUUUUUUUUGGGAGCGUCAUAUUAAAACUCUUUUCAGAAUAAAGGUCCUCUUGCACUCACUUUCCCGUUUGAGAUGCCUAUUUCCUAAUUACUCUUUUGAGGUGAUAAUUUCCGUCUUAUAUACUAAAUAAUUUUAUGACCGGUCAUCAGCCAUAUAAUUUCCUUUUUAAAUCCUUCUUCUUGGACUACAGUUCCAUUCCUAUUUUCUUAUGUUCCAUCGUUUUUCUUGGACAUUCGAGGUUAAUGUUUCUUGUCUGCUGGUCCCUGAUAACAUAAGCUGAAGCCUUCCUCCUGUUGCGCCAUUAGUUUCCAAUGAAUCUCGGAACCAUUACGUUAAAUUGCUAUAGAAUUAUAACUUCAACCAUAUAUUUACAGUGAUGGGUUGAAAGUUAGCAACCGAUGGAUAUAGUCGCUCUUCUAGUGGCCAUUCAGCAAGCCACUUGAUUUGUCCAUCCUGCCUCUUAACUGUGCCUGCCCUUCUAAUUCCCCGUGUUCGACAUAUGAAUUCAAUAUUUUAUCAUGUAAUAAAUGUCAACUUACAUAUGAUCAUUCGGCAGAUCAUGCGCUCGUCCUCCAUGAAGGCUAUGGCGGAGACAUCUCUGGAAAUGGGGGAAAUGAACUAGGAAGGUGAGCACCACGUCGUAUAUAGAAUUCACCGCAACUGAAUUGUUGAAGUCAACGACACCCAACAGCAAAUAAAAUAUGCUCUGUGCCGUAGUGCUUGCUUCUCCUUGAGCUUGCUCUUCCUCUUUGAUUAUUCCUUCUCCAACUUAUUACUGAAUAUUCUCUCUCUCUCUCUCUCUAUCAAUAUGUUAUCCCAAAGGCCAAUACUGGAUGAGGUUGAAGCGCGACACCUACUCAUUGACCAUGUAGGGCACCAUUGGUGUUGGGGGAGUCAGCCUGCCCGAACUUGGAAGAUCAGCGCGAUGGAGGACUGUAAUGUAUACGUUGGGACCCUAGAAACCUUUAUAGAGGAAAGGGAGGCCAUGAGAGAGAUUGAGCCCUACCAGGGCGGCAAAUUUGAUGGGAGGGAUCGCGGGCCUGAACUGGGAAUAUGGGAGCUGGACUUGAGGGCGGAGUUUCCUCUUCUGUAUGUACCGCAAAAGGAAACCAAGAUCAAGAUUCCUCAUUCUGAAGUCGUGGAGAAAUGCUCUGGUAUGUAUCCACCUCUAGUUAUUUAAAUGAGAGCAUAAUAGUACUAUUGCUAUACAGAGUCAUCCUGAAUUUUAUCAUGUUCCAUAGAAAAUAUAUCCUGUCAUCACCUUUCUCGUUGUUAUCAAUCAAAUUAGCAUGGUUUCUGGUCACAUUAUGAAGCCAUGCACCACAAACCCGACUGAGGAUGAGCGAAGCAGCCCAACCUCUAGCCAUUAAAUCGAGCUGUUUUUUAAAUAUGACAACUUCAAAAUCCUUAAUAGAGUGUGAAAACAUUGCUACAGCUGCUGAAGUUUAGGACUUUUGGACCAAAUUCGCCAUCUGUGAAGCGUGUUUCUUCUCUGAGAACUUUUAUUUUCCCACAUAUCACUGUAGGAAUUAUGGAUAUGGCUCAGAAUUUUUCAUAGUAGGAUCUUCUUGGGCGUCCUUUUUAAUUUCCUUGAAAAAAUGCAGGAUGUGAAGGGCGAGGGCAGGUCGCUUGUGGAACCUGCAACAAAAGCCAGGAACCUGGGUCAUACAAGAGAAACCAGAUGUUCCAGUGCCUUCCAUGCUAUGGAAGGGGCCUGAUUGCUCACAAAGACGGUUCCGACACACUGUGAGUCGGUCGAUUUCAACAUCCUCUUGGUCAAAGGGGCAUCCUGUAGUGUAAUUUCUGUCACAUGUCCUCACCCGUCUCGGUUCUUUGCAGAUGCACUAAUUGCUCUGGCAAAGGCUCGAUUCCAUGUGCAACAUGCGGAUCGCGUGGUUUAAUAGAAUGCCAGACGUGCCAGGGUCGGGGCUCACUCCUAGCACGAACGAUUGCUCUUGUUAGAUGGUAAGGUUUAGUGAAGGGGACGGCAUGGGCCUAUUGGGCCCAAAUCCUAAUGACUCUAACAUUUCCAUUAACAUGCUAGCAUCUCUGGUAAAUAAAUAAAUAUAUAUAUACACACACACACCGUAUGACUCUCAGGUUCUUGAGAAAAUUAAAGAUUUUCGAUGCAGCUAACCUUUUGAGUUAUCUUUAUUUACUUGGGCCAUGCCCCGAUCUUCUUUUAAGCUCAUAUGAAGGAGUAAAGUCUGAUAGUUCCACAACAUAGGCGGUGAGGAAUAAUUGAUGCCUAGCAUGUUGGUUUUAUUGAUAUUUCUGGUGUGUCGAUUGUAUUCCCAGGAGGACGCUUUCAACCCGAAAGGUCAGCGCGGCCAGCGGCGCCGCCUCGGUGCCGGAGGAGGUGUUCCACCGGGCGCAGGGUGUCCAGCUGUGCAACACGCAGGCUCAUCAGUGCAGCCCCGCCUACUUCCCCGACUCCUACUCCCUAAACAAGUUCUCAUCGGAGGUGGUCGCAGGCCGGUGUCCGGUGCCGCCAGCGGCAAGGAUUAUCUGCGAGAGGCAUGUGGUUUCCGUAAUCCCCGUCACCCGUGUCACCAUGGCCCAUCGCCGCCAGGCCUUCAGCUUCUACGUGGUCGGGCUAAGCAGGGAGGUGUUCGUGAGGGACUACCCUUCCAGGUUCUGUUGGGGUCUCUGCUGUUGCCUGGAGUGGCUGAAGAUGUAG